CUCUGUGUGCCGGCUGGGGCGGGAACUAGCCCUUCCCGGCCGUGGACUACAUUUCCCAGAGGCCUCCGCGCGGAGUUUCCUUCCGGCUCCGUUGUUGCUGUGGGCUCCGAGAGUUCUGGCUUGUCUGGACUCUGCGGUUUCCUAAGAGAAAUCUCGAAAAGGACUGAACAGUUCUUGCAGUUCUGAAACCAUGGCCCAUGGACCAGUGACGUUCAGGGAUGUGGCCAUAGACUUCUCACAAGAAGAAUGGGAAUUCCUGGACUCUGCUCAGAGGGACUUAUAUAGGGAUGUAAUGUGGGAGAACUACAGCAACUUCAUCUCCCUGGGACCUUCCAUUUCUAAUCCAAACUUGGUUACUUUAUUGGAUGACGAAGGAAAGGAACCUGGGAUGGUUGUGAGGGAAGGGACAAGAAAAUACUGCCAUGAUUUGGAGUCCAGAUGUAGGACCAACACUUUAUCUCCAGAAAAGGACAUUUGUGAAAUAUAUUCAUUCCAGUGGGAGAUAAUGGAAAAAAUUAAAAGCUGUGGCAUCCAAGGCCCCAUUUUUAAAAAUGAUUGGAAAUGCAAAAGCAAAAUUGAGGGGAAGAAGGAGCCACAAGAGCGUUGUAUUGGGCAAGUGAACAUUGCCUCUGAAAAGGUGACCUCUUAUAAAAAACACAAUUUUCUUGCUGAAUAUCAGAUAAUUCAUAAUGGAGAAAAGAUAUAUGAGUGUAAGGAAUGUAGGAAAACCUUUAUUCGUCGUUCAACAUUAAGUCAACACCUGAGAAUUCAUACUGGUGAGAAACCUUACAAAUGUAAGGAAUGUGGGCAGGCCUUUAGGCAGCGUGCACACCUUAUUCGACAUCACAAACUUCAUACUGGUGAGAAACCCUAUGAAUGUAAGGAGUGUGGGAAGGCCUUUACAGUACUCCAAGAACUCACUCAGCAUCAGAGACUUCAUACUGGUGAAAAACCUUACGAAUGUAAGGAAUGUGGCAAGGCUUUUAGGGUACAUCAACAGCUGGCUCGCCAUCAGAGGAUUCACACUGGUGAGAAACCCUAUGAAUGUAAGGCGUGUGGGAAGACCUUCAGACAGUGCACACACCUUACUCGACACCAGAGGCUUCAUACUGCUGAGAAGCUCUAUGAAUGCAAGGAAUGUGGGAAAGCCUUUGUAUGUGGUCCAGACCUUAGAGUGCAUCAGAAAAUUCAUUUUGGUGAGAAGCCCUAUGCGUGUAAGGAAUGUGGAAAGGCUUUUAGAAUAUGCCAACAGCUUACUGUCCAUCAGAGUAUUCAUACCGGUGAGAAACCCUAUGAAUGUAAGGAAUGUGGGAAGACUUUCAGAUUAAGGCAGCAGCUUGUUCGCCAUCAGAGAAUACAUACGCGUGAGAAACCCUAUGAGUGUAUGGAGUGUUGGAAGACAUUUAGUAGUUACUCUCAACUUAUUUCACAUCAGAGCAUUCAUAUUGGCGAGAGACCUUAUGAAUGUGAAGAAUGCGGGAAGGCCUUUAGACUGCUCUCACAACUUACUCAACAUCAGAGCAUUCACACUGGCGAGAAACCUUACGAAUGUAAGGAGUGUAGAAAACCUUUUAGACUGCUCUCACAGCUUACUCAGCAUCAGAGUAUUCAUACUGGUGAGAAACCUUAUGCCUGUAAGGAGUGUGGGAAGGCUUUCAGGCUUUAUUCAUUUCUUACUCAGCAUCAGAGGAUUCAUACUGGCGAGAAACCCUACAAAUGUAAGGAAUGCAAGAAGGCCUUUAGACAGCACUCACACCUUACUCAACAUCAGAAGAUUCACAAUGGAGCUUAGUAGAAGAAAGCCUUCAAAUACACAUUGUGUUUCAGAACAUCAGAAAGUUCAUUUUUGAAAAAAUUUGUUUCAUGCGCACAACUAAGCACAAUAAAUUUUAUAUUAGAAAGAAUCUGUUGCUUUAAAAACCUUCCCUCACCUUUUAAACAUUCUGUUUCUUCAGCAAAUUCCUAUGAGAGAAUAACAUGAUGAAUCUAGGAAACUGUUUAGCCUUAUCAUAUCUUUAUUUACCACUUUAUUACCACAGGGAUAUUGGACAAGAUAGUGUACGUGCCUCAUUUUUCUCAUUGUAAAAUGAUGUUACUUAUUUUUAUUAUUUAUUAUGUAAUAAAUUACCACAAACUUAGUAGCUUAGAAUAAUACACAUUAUCUCCCAGCUACUAUGGAUGUGAAAUCUGGUUGUGACUUAAUUGUGUCAAGGACCUCAUCUGAAGGCUCCAUUAGAGAAGGAUCCAGAGGAUUGUAGCCUGAAUUCGUUUCAUCAAGGAGUGUUACAGUGAGAUCCCCAGCUUCUGCCUGGCUGCUGGCUGAAGACCGACUGCAGCCUUUUGCCACAGUGGCCUCUUCAGCAUGGCUAAUCGCUUCAUCAGAGCACACAAGCCAAGAUGGCAGUGGAGUCUGCUAGCAAGAAGAAAGCUACAGUUUUGUGUCAUCUACUCAUGGAAAUGACAUCACAUCGUCUGCUAUUUUCAGCUGGUUAGAAGUAAAUCUUUGAGCGUCCACUGUGGUGUAGCAGGUGAGCUGUUGCCUGCAGCACUGGCAUCACACAUGGGCACUGGUUUGAUUGAAAGCACUGCUCUGCUUUCAAUCCAUCUCCCUGCUAAUGGUCUGGGAAAAGCAGCAGAAGAUGGCCCUAGUGCUUGGGCCCCUGCUGCCACUGUGGGAGACCUGGUUGAAGCUCCUGGCUUUGGCCUGGCCUAGCCCUGGCUGUUAUGGCCAUCUGAGGAGUGAACGAAUAGAUGGAAGAUUUCUCUCUGUAUCUACCUCUCUCUCUCUCUGUAAAUCUUUCAAAUAAACAAAUAAAUCUUUAAAAAAGAAGUAAAUUACUAAGAAGCCCACACUCAAGAGAAAGGGAUUAUAAUGAAUGUGAAUACCAGGAGACAGGAGCCAUUGGGGGUCAAGCCUGCAACACCAUGUAAUGAUAUUGUUGUGAGUAUUGAAUAGUUAGUACUUGGCAGAUGAGCAGUCACAUAGCAUGUAUUCUGUAAAUAUUAUUUAUAAUUAUAAUCAGUAUUUGUGAAUUCAAUUGAAAGAUCCUAUAGGAGUAAUAAAUGUAAAAAUGCCUCUUAUCACCUCUCAGCACUUACUAAACAAACUAAUUUAUUCUAAGUAAGAUAUGGGAGAUUACAGUGAAUAUAAGAAGUUCUUCAUCACUUAACCUGCAUCAGAAAUUUCAUGCUGAAAAGAAACUUUCAUGAAUAUGAGGUGGUUGAGUAUGACUAUUGGAGAAUCAGAAAUAUGGAAUGAUAUUCCUAUAAUUUCAAAAAGCAAAUGGUUACAAUCCCUGUUGUCUGACUAUAGUUCAAGAUUAAUUCAAAAUUAAUGCUAUACUUCAAAAAGAGGACAGAAACUAGCCAUGUUGAAAUUUAAUUUUGUUGAUGUGUACACACAUACAUGUAAAUGCAUAUGUGUGUCUGUUUAAGAUUCUGUAAAACAUAUUCCGUUACAAUCAGUAUACUUUGUGGUACUCGAAAUGUUCUUUCUUCAACCUGUUGGAGUUGUUUCAGGUUGGAUCUUUUGACAUGACCCCACCAGUAGAUUGACAGUAUACUUAAUUGUGGCUGCAUAAUUUAGUCACUUAGAGAAGAUGCUAGGGCACUGAUUCAUAAUUCUUAAAGGAGGAAUUGAACAUUUAUUUUUCUGUAUGAACCAAGUUUUCAGGUCACCCUGAAUUCAUCUGAUUUAAGUUCUUUUUAAAAGAAGUCCAAUCAGAAAAUACAGAAAGAAUGAUAGAAUAAGAAAAAAAAAGUCACCAUUUUCUAAAUGCUAAUGGGUUAAAAGGUCCAGAAAAUGACCUUUAAAGGAUGAAAACUGAGAUUUUUAUAUUAAAAUUUUUAUAUUGGAUUUAUCAAGUUGACCAUCUCUGAACCCUUUGAUCAAUUUUAACUUCAGUAACAAUAGGUCUGUAAGACAAUAUCCGCUGAUACAAUGCAACAGGAAGAAUCACUACCUGAGAAACCUUACUGCCAAAAUAAUGAACUGAAGUAUAUCAAGUAUUUUAAAACCAAGAGUGAAACAUUGUAGUUGCCAUCACAUGAAAGCAGAUCAAGAAUAUGUAAAGUGUUCUGAUUUCAACUAAUGAAUGGCAUGAGAAACAGAAUGAAAGAGAUGGAAGAAGUGUGGCAUUAUGUUGGCAUUACUUGGUGGCAGCAAUGUCAAACGACAUUUUGGAGAUGAUGAGGCAAGUGUGGACACUUAGAAACACUAAUUUUUUUAAAGCACUGAUAACACAAAUGUGGUUACUAAGUAUAUGUUUUAGAGAUACGCAUUUAUGAAAUUAUAAGAUUUCCCUUAAGAUAUUCCAACAAAAGAAAAGGAAUUGGCUAAGAGAGCUGGAAACUACAUUGGCAAAAUAUUGAUAACUACUGAAGUUCAGUGAUUUGAUCAUAUGACAUUGUUCUAACAUCUCUGCUUUUGUAAAUGUUUGAAAUUUUAAUAAUAAAAUGUUUAAAAUCAAAAUUGAAAUUAUAGACUACUUAGAAAUGGAUGGUAAUGUCUACAUAUCUGAAUUUGUAAAAGAUCACCAAACUUUUGUUUUUGAGAAAAUAUUGCUCUUUAGUGUGCUAAAGAAAUUUUUGUUUAUAGGCCCAAUAUUCAUCAUCUUCACUUAGACACAGCAACCAUUAUAUUAUGUCAUGUAGAGGAACGUAAUGUAGGAAUGAAUAAGCAUUUACAUCAAGAAAUGGGACCAACACAAGUAACAGUGAAGGCAAGUGUAGUAAAAAAUAGGAAUGAACAAAAAAUACAAUUGACUUGGUCCAAGGUUCAUAAUAACUAUGCCAGGUUUAGUAAAAAAAAAAAAGUGCAUAUGGAGCAUUAAUGAUUAUUAAGUUGACACAGCUACAGGUAAGUAAGGAGAUUUUAAAAAAUUAGAAGAAUACCAUAUGAAGGUACUUCAGAAGUUAGUGGAAAAUGGAAUUUGAAAAUGUUAAUUUUGGUGUAAAAUAUUUGAUGCAUAUUUUUUCAUAAUAUGCAUUUCCAUGAACAUUUUGAAGACCUCUUGUAUUCUUGGAUUUCAAAAUAUUUUGCACUAAAACUUACCUUUUAAAUUUGUUUUUCAAUGAACUUUUGAAAGUACUCUUAUACACAUAUCUUUUUAUAAUACAUUGAAAACUACAGAAUGAUUAUGCUUAUUUUCUAAAUGAGCUUAUCUCAAAAUUGCCUGGAUUCCCCAGAACUCAACAAGAUGGACAGCUGUGUAUUUGUGUAUGUGAACUUUGUAUUUAAGAAAAAAAUCUGAUACUUUGACAGGUGAAAAGCUUUAGAAAAUAGAUAAUAUUAAAGAUUUUACCAAUUAAUUUUGCACAGUUAAAAUAUGCAAUUAAGAUAGCUCCUUAAAGAUUGUAUUCUUUACACUUCCAAGUACAGUAUAUUUAGGUUUAUCACAAAACCAGUCUUCACUAAAAGGUGAGUGUGUUUCCUUUUCCACACAUCAGAUACCUCCUGAAGACCUCUGUUUAAUGUGGCUUACAGCUGAAACCUUUUGUUCUCCAUGCUGCUUUUUGAGGGGAUACUAGUUGUUGAUGUUGUUUAAAAACAAAGAUUGCUUGGGAAAAGGCAAACGAAGCAAGGGACAAAAUCAUCUAUUUUAGAGAGGGUUUGAAAUAUAUAAUAGUUUGUCAAAAGAUGUAAAUAAAUUGUUAUAUGAAUAUAUGUCAAACUGACUUCAUUAUGGAAUUCUCAGUUGGAAAUAUUUGGAAGAUCUUUGAAACAUGUAUCACUUUUGCAGAUGCUACUAUAAACACAGUGUCUUCAAGGAUGUUUCAGACAUGGUGAGUGAGGGUGUUGGGAGGAGCUAACGAGAACACUUCCUCGCUGUUUUUUCAUGCUCUGAAAGUAACUGCCUGCUUGGAUGGUAAUGUUCAAUAGAAAAGAAAAGAUUCUAGGCUAGUUCUGGAUAUAUAUAUAUAUAUAUAUAUAUAUAUAUGAAACAUGUUUAAAUAUUCUAUUAAUGGGGCUGGCGCUGUGGUGUAGUAGGCAAAGAUGCCACCUGCAGUGCUGGCAUUUCACAUGGGCACUUAUUUGAGUUCCAGCUGCUCCACUUCGAUCCAGCUCUCUGCUAUGGCCUGGGAAAGCAGUAGAAGAUGGCCCAAGUCCUUGGACCCCUGCACCCACAUGGGAGACCUAGAAGAAGCACCUGGCUUUGAUUGGCGCAGCUGUGGCCGUUGCGGCCAAUUGGGGAGUGAACAAUUGGAUGGAAGACCUUUCUCUCUCUCUGCCUCUCCUCUCUCUAACUCUGAAUUUCAAAUAAAUCUUUAAAAAAAAAAAAAACUGUUAAGCAGUGUUAGGACAUAAAUGAUUUUUUCAUUGUAAUAAAAAUGCUAUAUUGAA